AACAAAAGCGCGAAAGGACGGGAGCGCGCGCUUGUCUUUGUGCGCUCGCGGAGCCAUAGCAGCGACCCGCGGCACUGUAAACAGAGCGGAUCGGAUGCUCGGAACUGAACAGAGUGCAGCGCUUACCUCAACGCUCAAAUUAACAGGCGAAUACCUCUCCUACGGAGCACGAGAGGCUCCUUUAUAUCACGUGGUACCAAAAUACGUGCCACUUUUUGAACUGAUUUUUUUUUUUUUUUUUUUUGGAUUAAGAUUAGUGUACAUCUCAUAUUGAGCAUCAUCCGUUAGCCAGUUAGCUAUCAAGCUAAAAGUUAAAUCUCCGCUAUACGCGCUAAGCAGCGCUACCGGCAUGAUUGCCAGCUCUGCGUCGAGCGCAGUGCUGCGGCACGUAUUUUUAUAACUGCUCUUUUAUUAGAAAGAUACAUUUCUGUCAGCGGGAACUAAAAGCAGCCGGGGAGCCGCGACGGUGCUGGUGGCGGGGUGGUUUUCCGUCGCCGGUGACCGAGAUCGCCCGAGUCGAGUGAGCCGCUCAGACUAGACUAGCGGCCGCACUUCACGACGGUCGUGUCCAGCGCCUGUGUCCCCCGCCGCCGCCGCCUUCACGCUCUCAUCCGCGCCGCUGGGAUUCCGCACUGGAACCCGUCUGGCGCCGUUAAACGGCCGGGCGCUCCCGUGAAAUAAAGGCGGACUCUGAAGCAUGGGGGCCGCCUGCUGUAGGGCUCGUCCUGUCGUGUGCCGCGCGCUCGCUCCCGCGCUCGUUGGCUAGCGCGCCUCGCCUCGGCUGCGCUCCGUCUCUGUGCGUCAUGUUCAGCCUCAUGUCCAACUGCUGCAGCUGGUUGAAACGCUGGCAGGAACCUGCCAGGAAAGUGACUUUGGUGAUGGUGGGGCUAGAUAAUGCUGGGAAAACAGCAACUGUCAGAGGCAUACAAGGGGAAAACCCUGAGGAUGUGGCUCCCACCGUGGGAUUCUCCAAGGUAGAUCUCAAGCAGGGCAAGUUCGAAGUGACCAUCUUUGACCUGGGUGGUGGUAAGAGGAUCCGCGGCAUCUGGAAGAACUACUACUCGGAGUCAUACGGAGUGGUUUUCGUGGUGGACUCCAGUGACGUGCAACGCAUCCAGGAGACCAAGGACACCAUGGCCGAGGUCCUGGGACACCCUCGCAUUGCCGGGAAGCCCGUCCUUGUGUUGGCCAACAAACAAGACAGAGAAGGUGCCUUGGCUGAGGCUGACAUCAUAGAGCACCUCUCCCUGGAGAAGCUUGUGAAUGAGAAUAAGUGCCUCUGUCAGAUUGAGCCAUGCUCAGCUGUUUUUGGCUAUGGCAAGAAGCUGGACAAGUCCAUCAAGAAUGGACUGAACUGGCUUCUGAACAACAUCGCAAAGGACUACGAGGCCAUCAGUGAGCGCGUGCAGAGGGACACGGCUGAGCAGAGGGCCGUGGAGGAGCAGGAGAAGAAGGAGCGGGCAGAGCGUGUGCGACGGGCUCGUGAAGAGAGGGAUAAGCAGGAGAGAGAGGAGGCAGAAAGAGAGGGGCGGACCAUACAGGCAGAGCAGGAUGCUGAGGAAGAUGAUGAAAACAUGGCUAACCCCUUUAGACCGAUUGGAAGUGUCAUCACAGAGAAUGAAGAUAAGCAGAAGAUGGGGAGAGAGAAGAAGAGGCAGCCUUCAGAGAGCAUGCCUAGAGGGAAUGGGAGCCCCAGUGGUGCCCCGCACAGUGCCAGCACUGCCCCCAGUCCACAGCCUCAGGAGCAGGAUGAUGCAGAGGAGGAUGAGGGGGAGGAGAGCGAGAGACUGACCCCCGAGAGCAAUGACUCAGACCAUCAAACCAAAAAGAAGCCCAAGAAGCUGCGGCUGCGGAAAAACAGAGUGGACCCUCUGAAAACAGAUGAAGAAGCCCCUGAGAAAUCCACUGUACCCCCAGCUCCAGUUGGAUGGGCUACUCCCAAAGUUACUAGACUUCCAAAACUUGAGCCACUUGGAGAUACACGACGCUCUGAUUUCUUUGGCAAACCCCUCCCUCCUGUUGUUGCAGACAGGCAAAGACCCAACAGUGGCUCUGAGAAUGCCAUUCGAUAAUCGCCGCAAGGUUUUGUAAUUUGUCUUCUGCACAAGACUGCGUGGCAUAUAAAGUAGGAGGUGCACAGGCACAUUCCUGGGAUCAGGAAACCGCUACAUGAGCAAGGCUAUGCUGACAUGGACCCAUUACCACCACAGCCAGUUUCUAAUGGAGAACAAGUUUGUGGAUGGAGCUGGAUGAACCUGCUGCUGGGUGGGGAUAGCGGAUGUGGUGUCCGGUGGCGCCACAGCUCUUAGAGACAGACAAACUGAGCAUCAAAAAGAAAAAACAUUCUGCAGCUCAUUCUUAAUGGACUUCUCUGUUCAAGCUGGACAGACCAGUUUGAACUAUAGUUUUAUUUUGUUAUUUUUUUACUGUUAAUGUCAGUAUUUAUACACCAUUUUUAACGCUUAACUUUUGUUCUUCAUGAACAAACUACUUGUUUUGAUUAAUAAUGCCUUGGCUCGUUUUCCAUGCAUACAUACAUGCACUUUUUAUCAGAAAUUUUCAUGUAGAGGUACUAAAGUAAAUGAAAACUUCACAUAAAAGAUAAAAUGCUGAUAAAAUGAAAAGGGAACAUGGGAUGGGGGGCUUAUAGUAUGUUUAUACACUUUCAUGAACCUGUUUUCAGUGAUUUAUCUAAAGUGUUCACUACUUCAGAGUGAUAAUUUCCUAUUUGGAAUCUGAGAUGUGGUCAUUGCCAACUAGACUGCUGAAGAAUCACAAGUCUUGAUAGGCAUCAGCUACUCAAAAUAAGGAUCGUGAGCAUCGUAAUGUUCAUCUACCGAAUCUACCACGUGUGAGAUUGCUGGUUCUGGGCACAGUAGGUAACCCUCUAAUUGUGUGUACCGGCAUCAUGGGUUUAAUUCUCGGUCAAGGCACGCAAAGUACGUGCCGAUGAUAAGUUCCAACCAGAACAAAACACAUUUCUAGUACUCUUUGCAGGUGAUACAGGACAUCAUUUCAGAAUGUGACCAAUGUAACUUUUGAUAACUUCCUUGUUACACGCAACAUUUUAUUUCGUUCUGCACCACGAUUUAUGGUUUGUUUUGGAAAAUCAGUAACAUACAGUUGUGAGUUAACCUUUAGGUUUGAUCUGUCAACUCAGUUCAAUCAGUGUAGUGUAAUUUUUGACUUGCAGAUCAAAGGCCUGCAGGUUAAGCAUAAAUUGUGUAGCAUAGACAAACACUAGUUAAAUUGUUUUCACUCAUAUUUAUAAACAUUAGGUUGCAGGUUCUGUCCUGUAAAACUGAUAAAAUUUGUUUUUUGUUAACCAGAUGUCUUAAUUUUGAAGCAAAUAUAUUUUCUUCAAAAUGUUCCAAUUAUGUAUGUGAAAAUGUUACAAGAAACAUAUACUGCAUAUAUUUACUGCUAUUCAUAAAACUAAGUUUAUUUUAUGUGUUUUUGGGCUCAAUCUGUACACGGCAUACAUUCUCUUGCUUUUGCUUUUUCAGUUUUUUGUUAGGGUCUUCAUUGUCAGAAAUUGUUCUAAGCAGUCACUGACUUAAUUGUAUGGCCUGUUGCUUCAAUUAAAUUCUUUGCAAUCCUGCAUGUCUGGGGCUUUAUCACUAUACACAGAAAAAAGCAGCUCUGUACAGUAUGAUAUGUAAAAAAAAGCAUUUUCAGCACU